UCGGUGAUAUGCCAUUUGGAAGUUAUGAAACUAGUGCUAAAGAUGCGUUAAGAAAUGCUAUUAGAUUUAUAAAAGAAGGAAAUAUGGAGGCAAUAAAAUUAGAAGGUGGAACUGAAAUGGCGAAAACUAUUCAACAAAUUACGAACAUAGGAAUUCCUGUUUUAGGUCAUAUAGGUUUAACUCCACAGCGUAAAUCUUCAUUAGGUGGUUUUCGUGUUCAAGGGAAAACUGCGAACAAAGCGAUAAAACUAUUAGAUGAUGCGAAAGCAUUACAACGAGCUGGAUGUUUUGCAAUAGUGAUUGAGGCAAUUCCUGGACCAGUUGCUGCAUAUAUUACAGAACAAAUACAAAUUCCUACUAUUGGGAUUGGUGCUGGGUCCGGCACAAGUGGACAAGUGUUAGUGCAACAGGAUAUGCUGGGAAUUUUUGAUAGAUUUAUGUUCGAAAUUUUUCCAAGCAGAGGAAAUGUUCUCGAUUUAACUUCUUCACGAUAA